GGCUCGGCACAGUGCGCGCGCGCCGGUGAAAGGCGUCAUGUCGAUACUAUACGCAGUGAACAUGCAUAGUGUGCGGACCGCAAACGCCAUGGCCGGGUUACCUUAUAUGCGAAUAUUACUUAUUUGUGCUAUUUUAAUCAAUGGAAGCUACCAGCAGAAAGAUAAGCACGAGGACUUCGUGUGUCCUGAAGGUACACAGGGCAAUGGAAAUUUUGCUGAUCCUGCUACGUGUAGGCGGUUUUACCAAUGUGUGGAUGGCUAUCCGUACUUGAACAGAUGUCCCUCUGGGCUAUACUUCGAUGAUAUUAGCAAGUACUGUACAUUCAAAGCUGAAGCCAGAUGCGGCCCCAUCGCCACAACCCCUGCACCAAUAACUGAAGCACCUCUGGACCUGGCUACCAAGUGUGAUCCUGCGGAAUGCCAGCUGCCUUACUGCUUCUGUUCCAAAGAUGGCACCCUCAUACCUGGAGGUCUCGAUCCAGAAGACACGCCCCAAAUGAUAAUGCUGACAUUCGACGGCGCUGUUAACUUGAACAACUUCGAACUGUACAAGAAAGUGUUCAAUGGGAAAAUCAAGAACCCUAAUGGCUGUCCCAUUAGAGGCACUUUCUUCCUGUCACACGAGUACAGUAACUACGUGCAAGUCCAAGCCCUUGCACAUGAUGGUCAUGAGAUAGCGACGGGCACGGUAUCGCAGCAGCAAGGUCUUCAAGACAAAGGCUACGAAGAAUGGGCCGGUGAGAUGAUUGGCAUGCGCGAAAUUCUUGGCAAGUUUGCCAAUGUAUCGCGAUCAGAAAUCGUCGGCGCCAGAGCACCCUUCCUCAAGCCUGGCAGAAAUACACAGUUUAAGGUGUUAGAGGACUUUGGCUACAUCUACGACAGUUCGGUGGGCGUGCCUCCACUGCCGAUCCCCGUGUGGCCAUACACACUCGACUAUAAGAUCGCGCACGAGUGCAAGUCAGGCACUUGUCCGACCAAGUCGUUCCCAGGUUUGUGGGAGGUUCCAUUCAACGCUCACUACGUAGAGACGUAUGAGGGCGGACACUGUCCCUAUCUCGAUCAGUGUGUGCUACAUAAUCACGACUCCGAUGAGGUGUUAGAAUGGCUGCAAGAAGACUUCAGUCGGUAUUACGAGCAGAACCGAGCUCCAUACAUGAUGCCAUUCCACACGAACUGGUUCCAGAUUAAGGAGCUCGAGCGAGGUCUUCACAAGUUCUUGCAGUGGGCCUCCAGUCUGAAGGACGUUUGGUUUGUAACUGUCACCCAAGCUCUGACCUGGAUGACUGACCCGAAAUCAGCGAAAUCGCUCAACAAUUACGAAGCCUGGAGAUGUGACCGCAAGGACUACCCGGCGGCUCCAUGCAAUCUGCCCAACAAAUGUGCACUAUCCUUCAAACCUGCUGAUACCAAUUUCACCGACACGAGGUACAUGGAGACCUGCAGCGAUUGCCCCAACCAAUACCCAUGGCUUGGUGACUCUGGCGGGACGGGAAUCCCCGGCAAAGACAACUAUAUACCCGACAAUCUUAGGAGGAAGUAGAUUGCCAGUAGUCCUUUAUUGACAUUGUACGAGUAUGUGGUCUAUUCAGAAUAGUUUAGCAAAUCUUAAAAAAUGAUUUGUGCUGAUAUACCUACUGACUUUGGGAUGUUGAAUAGCUCUAAGAACACAAAAAGUUUUAUUUCAUUGUAAAGUAGGUAGUAUAAUGAAUAAGUAUUAUCUUUUUGAAAUAUUUAUUAAGGAUAAAGUGCACUGAAGUAAAUCACUUAGAAUCAAGUCGGUUUCUGAACUGCUUCCAUAUAAAAGCCCGUCUAGUUAAUUUUUACUGAUAUUAAUUAGUCUUAAUUCGAUGGCAAACGUAAUUAAAUGUAAUAACGAUUGUAGUAACAUUAUAUUGAGAGAAGUAGUCUAGACGUUAUCAUUCAAAUCUACUCAGGAGUCGUCAACCUUCUGAAGUCUCUGAAAUUUGUCUUAUAUUCUGUUCUGAAUAGAAAACAUACGAACAUUUUGUAUAUAUUUCGUUUUCUAAGUAAUUAAGGCAUAGUGACUAGUCGUCGCAAUUUUUUUAUUAUAAUAAUUAUGACUUGAGACGUUUUUUUAAGUACUUUGUGGCGAGAAAACUAAACUCGAACAAUUUAUUUAUAAGAUAUGAAAUUUCGUGUAAUUAUUAUUGUACUUAUUGAACAGUUGCCAUGUUUUGACCAAAAUACUCCUUAACUAUGACAACACUGGGGGCAAGUUGCGGGACAAUGGAAAAAAUCGUAUUUUUUUAUUUUGGUAAUGUGUUGAUCCAAAAUGUUUGUUUGUAGCCCUCAAAGUUGUUAAGAAAUACCUCGAGAUACUCCUAGCUUGGUUAUAUUAUAUUAAAAUAUAUAUUUUAUAAAAUAUCUUUGAACAACAUUGGUGCUUUGUAAUUAUAAGUGGAAUAACUGUUUUCAUUGU